UUUUAUAUGAGAUACUAUAUUUUAUGUAAAAGUUACUGCUAUUUUCUAAUUUUGAAAUAGAAAACAAGACAAGUAUGCAAACAAACACUAAGCAGUUAAUUUUGCUUCCUGAAAUUGUACUUCAUGUGUAGAGAGAUUAAUGUGGUAGCUGACUUCAUAAUUAGGCCAGUCAUAGCAAAUCUUUGAAUAGGUGAGAGAUCUAUGUUGGGGGAUCUGCCAGUGGAGGCAGUUGUUUGCAAUGGAUGCUUUGCAUUGUGCAUUCUUAGUUGGUUUUUAUUAAUAAAAUCACUUACCAAGAGAAAAAAGGCCCACGUUUUUUUAUCAGGAAACCUGCUAUUGAUUAGUGGUCAAGGCAAAUGAUAAUUCCUAAAUCAAGCAUCAAGAAAUUGCUGCAUAUGUCACAUGCUCUGCCCCAAAUUAUUCCAGGCUGAGAGAGACCUUCAAGCAACUUUGGGCCUUAACAUGAUAACCAAUUGUGCUUCUGCAAAUGAAAUUGCAAAAUUACUGGAUUAAAAAUGUAGAACAACAUGUUGUUGAUAGUUUAACCAGAUGACUGAGUAUCCUGAGUUUCAUUUGUUACAUGGAUUGGAAGCAGGCUUGGAUAGAGGAUGAAAUUAGGGAAAAUAAAUAUGUAUAUGUUGAUUUUUAGUCUUGGAGUGUUGGAAAUGUUAAAUCCUAUGAGCAUUGAGUAAAUGGUUUGGAGUAUUAAGGCGAGUCAGUGCCUAUUCUUACUCUUGGAGAAUCCUGAGGACAUUUAUGCUUCUUAUGAUGAUGGGAGGGGACUGGGUAUAUUGAUUAUUUUGUAUUAUAUAGAAUUUUCACUAUUGGGCUGAAUACCAAUUUUGAGUGCAGAAGAAGGUUUGCUUUUGGUAAUAGGGAAACUGGAUAGGGAAUGUUUUUCUAGAAACCUCACUCUAGCUUGGACCACCAAAAAGUCGGUACCUAAGUAAAAGGUGAAAGAAGCAUGGCUCUAAUUCCUUGAAAUGUAGGAAGGCUGCUUUUUCAUUGGGAGGCCAAUUUUCAAUUUUGAUGCUUUCAUUUCUCCUCCAUUUUAUGUUAUGCAAAUACUACAAUGACAUAAUUGCAAUGUUCAAUGAGACAUAACUCAUACGUUAAUCAUGCUAUUCUUUUUCAAUUUAUUUAUUUGUUUAUUUAUUUCCAUUCUAACAUUCUGAUAUGCAUACAGAGACAUCAUAUUUGGAUCCCAGACUAAACCCAAUUUCAUCCCCCCUUCCCCCUCUUUCACAGGUGUUGCCUUACCCAUAACAAAGACUACAUUGAGAUUUCUAUUUUUAACUGUCAUGCACUUCAUUCCUAGUUCUAAUUGUUGAUUGUUCUUCCAAAAAACUCUGUGAUUUUAGUCUUCUCAUUUUAUCAAGUUCUUGUAUCUUUGGCAUUGUCAAUCUCCUAGCAGUAUCCACUAACCUUAGCUUAGUUCAGAAGCCAUACUUGGAUGUAGAAAUUUUGAGAAUGCUUCUAUGACUAACAAAUGUCAUCUGUCCUUCUAGCCCUGAUUACAUGGGAAUAAUGCUGUUGAUGUGAAAUAUACACCUUUCGAAGUAGACGUUUGGUUUGCCACCAAAACUCCACGUGGAGGAACGAGAAUGGCCAUUGACAUCUUCUUUUGCUGAAAAUCAGGAUCUUCCCCACUCCUCAUAUAAAUCCCAGAUCACCACAACAGAGGAAAAGCAAAUAUACCUUCUUCGUUUUGCUUAUUAAGCGGAGAAACAUAGAGAAGUUGCCCAACCACCAAGGAAGAAAAAUGGCUAGGAAGAGAAAGGCUGGUGAGUGUGUAGAAGAGAAAAUUCCUAGUGAAGGGAACAUGGCUUGGGAUGAGAUGGUGAAGGAAGCUGCUGCAGCAGCAGCUCUUGGAGGAGCUCGGCGAGCUAGGAAGAGAUUUGUAGGAGUCCGUCAAAGGCCAUCAGGGCGAUGGGUGGCUGAGAUUAAGGAUACCAUACAGAAGAUAAGGGUGUGGCUGGGCACUUUUGACACAGCUGAGGAAGCGGCCAGGGCCUAUGAUGAGGCUGCUUGCUUGCUUCGCGGUGCAAAUACUCGCACAAACUUCUGGCCUUGUUCUCCCUCGUCCUCUUCAACCCCAGCCCUUCCUUCAAAAAUCACAAACCUCCUUCUCCAUAGGCUCAAAACAAGAAGCAAUGCUUCUGCUUCAUCUGCUUCUGUGCCCAUCAACCACGAACAAAAGCAACUAGAAGAAUAUAGGGAAGAAGUCACAGAUUUUUCAGACACCCAAUUCACUGAUUUCCUCAAUGAUCCUGAGGAUUAUGUAACAUGCAACAAUAUCAUUGCUGAUGCUAGUCCAAGUGCCGGCGAAUACAUGACCAUAAGUCCUGACCCGAGUUUCACAAAGGAAAGUUGCGGAAGUAAAGAACCAGACUUGGAUUGUAACUGGACUGACGUAGUAGAGUCUUCUAGUGGUGAUGGUACUUUUGGUGGGGAAGGAGAAGAAGAUGGGGAAGAAGAAGGCACUGACCUUGGCCCUUUGGAUUUCCAGUUUGUAGACAACAUUGGAUCAUCUUGUUACUAUCCUGCUUUUGAGAUCGCUGAAGAGAUAGUGGAGCCCAUAGAGCAAGAGAAUUAUAGCGACGAGCCGUCAAUGCUCAGAGCAGCCAUGAAGAGGAUGGUAUAUGAAAGGAAGUUCUCAGCCUCUCUUUAUGCCUUCAAUGGGAUACCUGAGUGCUUAAAGUUGAAGCUGGGAUCUGGAAAUGUGAUUGGGAAGUCAGGGAUGUCUGAUCAAUUGACUAAACUCCAAAAUGCAUGUAACAAGAACCAAGAGAAGGACGAAAACAAGCAAGUGAUAGGGAAGCAGGAGGAGGAAAACCCACAAACUUCAACUGAUGUGGGAUCUUCUUCUUCUUCUUCCGCCUCCUCUUCUUCGAGCAAUGAUGGAGAAUUGUCACUUUGGAGCUCUCUUGAUCUCCCACCCAUCUGCUUUGUCAAUUAGUUGAUGGACAACGUAUCAUUAUUAACAUUUUAUGCUCUCAUAUUCUUUUAGAUGUAACAUCUAUUAUAAUCUAUACUGUUUUAUGCAGUGCUGAUCUUCUGAUUA